AUGAUUUAUUCAAUCUUGUAUAUAAUAAAUUGUUUACAAGCCUUAUGUACAUGUUGUGAAUUGAAUGUAUCACCUUUAGUGAACUUUUGGAUUGAAGAAAAUAUUGAAAAAGGCACUUUUAUUGGCAGAUUAUCCGUGUCAUUAUCAUCAUCAUCGUCAUCAUCAUCAUUGACGCCAACAGAAACAAUGACAGCCGAUGCAUCAGCCUCAUUGACUGCUUUAUCUUCACAAGACUCAAAGUAUACAUCUUCAUAUACUUGUGUCUAUACAAGUCUAGCUCAACAGCCUAUUUCAAAUUAUUUUCACAUUGAUUCCAAUGAUGGUUCAAUAUAUGCACUGAGAAAAAUCGAUCGUGAAACAUUGUGUGAUGAACAUAAUUUAUUGGAACGUGUUAAAAAACAUACUGUACACAAGAUACUGAACAAUAAUACUGUUAAACCUGAUGCGAAUCAAUCGAAAUCGGGAACUUUCAAACAAACAAUGAGUAGAACAAAUAAUUCAAGAUAUUAUAGAAAUGUUAAUCAUGAAUUAGAUAUGAUCAAUCAACCAGUCACAACAAGUAGUGUAUGUCAAGUUAAAUUUCAAGUAUUAAUUAGUGAUACUACAGGAUUAAAAUCAAAAAGUAGCAUAUUACAAGAUGUACACAUAUCAAUAUCUGAUAUAAAUGAUAAUCAACCAAAAUUUGAUGUACAAAAUUUCUCAUUGAAAAUACCAGAAACUUCUCCAAUCGAUGCAGAGUUUCGUUUACCACAGGCAAUUGAUUUCGACACUGGUGUAAAUGGAAUAUCAGGAUAUCAAUUAGUUCCAUGUAUUCAUAGAGAGCAAAAUGAAAAAUAUGCAUUAUAUCCUUAUUCUUGUCAUAAGCCUAUGACAAAUUUAAAACAAACAUAUUCAAAUAUCAAUGUAUUUAUGAAUGAACAUGACAGAAAAUUAUCUACUGAAUAUAAUGAAGAUACUUUACAAAAACAUUAUGCUGGUGAUUAUUUCAUGCUAAAAAUGUAUUCACGAUCUAAUGGAAAACUACAACCAAUUUUAAAACAAAUUCAACGUCUAGAUAGAGAACAAUUUGAAUGGCUUUAUUUAUGUUUAAUCGCUGUAGAUGGUGGAGGUCAACAAGGGGCUACAUGUGGUUACAUUGAAAUUAUUGAUGCCAAUGACAAUGUACCCCAAUGGAUUGGUUUACCGUAUAAAGUAUCAAUCAGUGAAUGUGAACAAGACUAUCAACAAGCAUACAUCGAUAAUAGUAAUAACAAUAAUAAUAAUAACUAUAAUAUGUUUCGGUCACAACUACCAUCACUUCGAUAUUUGUAUACGUUAAAAGCAGUAGAUAUUGACAGUGGCAUAUACGGACAAAUAAGUUAUCGAUUAGCUCAAGAGAAUACUUUUGAAUCGGCGAAAACUCAUCAUCAACCUAAGGUAAUAAUUAAAGAGAACAAAUUAUAUCUACUUUCUAAACUAGACUAUGAACAAUUGACUAGAUUUGUUGUUUACGUUGAAGCUGUCGAUGGUGGUGGAUUAGUGAAUUUCACUGAAGUUGAAGUCACAGUUGAAGAUUGCAAUGAUCAUGCACCUACAAUCAUGUUAAUUCCAGUAAAGUCAUCAUUAUCACAUAGUGUCGGUAAUAAUUACAGUUCUUCUAGUCUAAGUAGCAAUGCUAAGAAUCUAUUGACAUCAUCUUCAGCUCAUACAACAGUAUCAGCAUUACCUGUUUCCAAUAAUUUGGAUUUAUUGUGGAUUGAGGAAGAGAAUUACGAUCAAAUUAAGCUGACGACAGUUAUGUCCUUUGAUCGUGAUAAAAAAGACAAUGGUCGUGUAACAUGUUAUCUAGAUAAAUCUGGACAAUUUGUCAAUAGUAUCGAUUACAGUCAAUUAUUUGAAUUAAUCCCGAAUCAACCUUCCAUUGGUGCCCUUAGUACAUCUGCUAAUAAGGCUUUAACUAAUGAUUUAUAUUCUAAUAUGACAUUGUCAGAUAAGCCAUCAAUAUUUAGUUUAUAUAAAAAAAGUGGAGUUAAAAUUGAUCGAGAAGAAACUGCAAAAUUAUUAAUUGAUAUUGUUUGUUCCGAUAAUGGAGAAGUCAAUCCACAAAUAACUAGACGAACUUUACAUAUUCUUGUUAAAGAUAUUAAUGAUAACAAACCAAAUAUUUUAACAACAACUAGUACUAAUAUUGCUACUGGAAAUUCAAAUGAUCCAUUCGAACAUUCAACUAAUGCAGGAAUGAAUAUAAACAAAGGAAAAGAUGAAAUAUCAUUUGUAAGUCAAAUAUUCAAUGUACCAGAGAAUGAACCAUUUGGUACAUAUGUUGGUACAAUUUUAGCUAAAGAUAAUGAUGAAGGCAUGAAUUCACAAUUAUUGUAUAGUUUUAUAUCAUUACCCAAUGACAAUAUCACUAAUGAAAUGAAUUCACAGAGUUUAUUUGAAAUUGAUAAAUUAACUGGUCGAAUUACAACAUGUAUUCCAUUAGAUCGUGAAACACAAUCAAGUUAUGUGCUAAAUGUUCAAGUCAUGGAUUCGGGGCUACCGUCAUUAUCAUCAACAGCUAAAAUACAAAUCAAUGUAGCUGAUGUGAAUGAUGUGCCACCAGUAUUUGAAACUACAGAUCCUAGUGGUCGAAUUAUAUUUGAAUUAACUGAAUCCGUCGGGAAUCGUCGUGUACAUGGUCGAUUAGUUGGACGUCUUAAAGCAUAUGAUAAUGAUUUAGGCUCAAAUCAAACUAUUCGUUAUGCGCUGGUGAAUGGAUCACUUUCACCAAUUCAUUUACCAGUAACUUAUCGUGUCACAUUAGAUGGUCAUAUUUAUGCAGAUGGAAUUAUGGAUAGAGAAGUGUUCCGUGAGCAUCAAUUCACUGUAAUAGCUUAUGAUGCUGGACCAAUAAAUCAACAACUGACUAGUAGUGCAUUAGUUUUAAUUAAAUUACUUGAUUUAAAUGAUAAUCCACCUCAGUUUAUCUAUCCAUCAACUUCUGUAUCAAAUAAAAUUCCAUCAGAUUUAAUUAAUAUGACAUUGGAUACAUUACCAGGUACUAUACUCUAUUCUAUACAAGUAACCGAUUUAGAUGAACCAAAACAUACAAAAUUUAAUUUUACAUUACAUUCAGCACGUUUUCUAUCGGAUUAUUUCUCAUUGAAACCAAAUGAAGUGCAUAUAUCUGAAGCGAAUAGUUAUAGUGAAGCAAGUGCUGAUUUAAUUCUAGUCAAUUCAUUAACACAACUAUUACCAACAUAUACUGCCGGUAGUAAUAAGUAUACAGCAAUGAAUGAAUUUAAUGUAAACAUGAAAUCAAACCAGGAACAAACUACUUCAUCGAUUUUAUCUUCAUCAUCAUCAUCAUCAUUGAUAACAACUAACAAUAAUUACAAUAAUCAACAUUAUCCAAUAGAAUAUUUUUUGUAUAUAAUUGUAAAAGAUAAUGAUAAAGAGACAGGAUUUACAUCAACUGCACGUUUACGUAUACAUGUGUACACUGAUCAUACAAUGACACUUUCUGCCGCAUUACCAUCGAAUAGUAUAAUAACACGUAAACAAAAAGCAUUCAAUUCAUCCGCUUAUUCUGAAUCAAGCAUAUUAACUAAUUCUGAAAUGUAUAAAAUGAAUGCGGACAGUGUGUACAAUGAUGAACGAUUCAAUUCAUAUACAGCGGAAUUAUUCAAAGAUAAUACACAAUUAUUUCAAAAUAAACUUACUACUCAUAAUAAUAACAAUCAUAAUAACAAUAAUAGUAAUAUGACUAUUCUAUUAAUUGUAUCUAUUAUUAUUAUUUGUAUGUUUAUUGGAGUAUUUUGUUCUAUAGUAAUUUUUUAUAUUCGUGGAAAUAUUUCUCAUUGUCAAGAAGUGAAUCAGCCUAGAUCAUCAGAGUUAUAUACAACAACACAAACAACAAGUCCAGAUAAUUGGUCAGUCGGUGAAUUAAGUGAACAAUGUAAAGUUCCAUCAAGUUGGGAAACAAUAAAUUGUAAAGAUUUGUUAGUAAAUUUACCCAAUGGUGAUGUCAACACACUGAAUAAUACAAACCAAACUUAUGUUUUAACUUCAUCGACAAAUUAUCCCAACUCUGAAAGAUUGAAUACAAUGCCACUGACAUUCACUCCAGUAUUGAAUCGAAGUCAUAAAGUCAAUUUUAUUACUACUUGUUCAGCAGAUACAAGUGGAAGACAAACUUCACUCGAUACAACAUGUACACCAAACAACCAGCAUUACGAUCUUCAAACAAAUCGAGAAUCUGCACAUCAUGACUAUUGCCGUUUACCAACAAGUAUAGUCACUUCCAAUGAAACUUCUAACAGGGAAACACACAAUACUUAUCUGGCUCCUUAUUACCAAGAACUUUAUUAUCCAACAUUAAAACCAAAUUAUAAAUCUAUCUUACGUUCACAAGGACCAUGUGUUUCAACAUCAAUAAAUACCCAAAAAUUUUCAAAUUCCAAAACUGAUCAAAUAAACCUCAACACAUUACAAAAACCUACUGUACCAAAUAAAAGUGUUAAGCUGAGAACAUUUAUUCGUUCGAAUUCAAUGAACAAGAAUAAUAUCGAUCAUACAAAUAUGGCAGACAUGAAUUAUGAAGAUCCAUUAAAAGAUAAUCAGCAUGUUUAUCACAUGGAAACAUUUAAUCCAACACAAAAUAUGACGAAUAAAACUUAUACCUUAUUGGUAAGACCAUCUGUAAACAAUGUACAAUCAUGUCCAACGGAAACUAAACUAUGCUCUGUUGACUUCCAACAACAACAACAACAACAACAACCAAAUAUUGUAAAUAUUCAUAGUGAUGUGACAUUAUCAAAUCAAAAAUUAUUAAACAAUACUUCAGUGAUGUCUAAGUUGGAUGAAACAAAACCAUCUGGAUAUCUUUUAGUGUCAGAAAAUGAACAUUCCACUUGCAUAGAAUGUGAACAUUAUAAAGAUCGAAAUUCCACGACGUCUACAUUGUGAUCAAUGUGAAAUAACAGAGGGGCACUUUUGGUCAAUCUCUACCCUGAAUUGCUUUUUUUUUCUUUGGCUUCAUUUUGUCCAAACAAAACAGUACAGAACAUAAUUAAUUAUAUGAAACCAUUCUAUUUAUAUUAAUCACUGUAUAGUUAAAUAUCUAUUUAAUAAACAGAACUGCAAUAAAGCUG